GGAAAUAAAACUAUGGAAGAAGACUUAGUUGAAUAGAGCAUGAGAAAUGUAUCGAUAAUUGUCUUUGUUUACAAUUUUCGACCGAACGCCGGUGGUCAGUUUACUUCAGCUCUACUGACUGGUUGAAAAUGCUAUCUCUGCUCUCACCAUGGUGACAUAAAGAAUAUAAGCACCAACUUACUGUAAAUUACCAUCUGCUGUUUGCCACUUUUACAAUAGGACCAUGACAAAGUAAAAGGGACAGUUGUGUGUAUGUGUGCAGUAUAUUCAGCACACAUGAUGCUGCUGAACUCAAAGGUGUUUACUAAAAAGUGAAUGACGUACAAGUAUGUCCAAAUAGUAAUGAUGUUUCAAUGAAUCGGAUAAAAAGUUUGGCAUGAAACUGAGAGGAAAAUUAAAAUUUCCCGCAACUUGGUGAUGAUGUACGGAGUGAUGUGCCUUGUUUGGCUUGGAUUGAAAUGGUGAAGCCAGCCAUGAGUGUCCGCAACCCAAGGAUGGUGCUGCUGCUGCUGACAGCAGUGUUACAGCUGAUGCAGAACGCGGACUGUAACUUGCUGGAGAAAGUCACCCAGGCCUCCGUCAAGUGCAACAUGACAUCUUCCGUACCACUUCACAGAAUACAUGCAGAAUUUAGCAGCGCCAUUGUUGAUAAUGAAUACAUUGUAUCUUUCAAUGGAUACUUCAAGAGCUCUGCCAGGAGAAGGUUUAUAACAGCUGCUCUUCAGGAAUCUGGAAUAUCAUCAUGGAAGAUAAUUCCACGCAUCAAUCCUGCAAACGAACAUCCAAGUGAUUUUGAUGUUGUCAUGCUGAAAGACCAGAAUGGAGAAGGUGUUGAAGCUUUGACAGAUCACCCUCUUGUUAAAACUGUCACUCCACACAAGAAAGUCACAAACGCUAAAGUUUCUACCAGACUGUCAUGCUGUUGUCAUGUUAUGUCCCCAGCUGAGGACGAGCCCCACAGCGACAGUACAUCAGAGCCCAAGACAGGCUCCCCGUGUAAUGGCAGCAGGAAGUGUAGUGGUAGCAGCAAGGACUGGACUCAGUCCUUUCACUCAUCUCGGCCACAAAACAGGAAUAGCUUGUCACUGGGAGCAGCAUAUUGGCAUGGGCCAACAAGGCACCGGUCAAGGAAUUUGAUGAGAUCUGUACCAAAGCAGAUUGUUAGUGCUCUCCAGUCUGAGAUUCUUUGGAACAUGGGAUUCACUGGCGCUGGCGUCAGGGUUGCUAUAUUUGAUACUGGACUGGCAUCAGAUCAUCCUCACUUCAAAAAAGGGAAGGUCAAGGACAGGUCAAAUUGGACAAAUGAAAAGACAUUAGAUGAUGGCCUCGGACAUGGAACGUUUGUGGCAGGUGUUAUUGCCAGCUCCCAGGAAUGUCUUGGCUUUGCUCCAGAUGCAGAUAUUUUUGUUUUUAGAGUUUUUACUAAUAAUCAGGUUUCCUAUACCUCAUGGUUUCUGGAUGCCUUUAACUAUGCUAUACUUAAGAAGAUCAACGUCCUCAAUCUCAGCAUCGGGGGACCAGACUUCAUGGAUCAUCCCUUUGUUGACAAGGUGUGGGAGCUGACAGCGAACAAGGUGAUCAUGGUGUCAGCUAUAGGGAAUGAUGGCCCUCUCUAUGGAACGUUGAACAAUCCCGCUGACCAGAUGGAUGUAAUCGGUGUAGGUGGAAUCAACUUCGACCACCAAAUAGCGCGCUUCUCAUCUCGAGGCAUGACCACAUGGGAACUCCCUGCUGGCUACGGACGUAUGAAGCCUGAUAUUGUCACCUAUGGCUCGGCUGUUCGGGGAUCAGCUCUGAAGGGUGGAUGUCGAUCUCUGUCUGGAACAAGUGUGGCAUCUCCUGUUGUUGCAGGGGCAGUAACUCUUCUUGCAAGUGCUGUACUGGACCGGGCUGAUGUUGUCAAUCCAGCCAGCAUGAAGCAAGCCCUGAUGGCUUCAGCACGGAGACUGCCAGACUUCAACAUGUUUGAGCAGGGUUAUGGCAAACUGGAUCUGCUCCGAGCAUACCAGACCCUCACCACCUACAAACCACAGGCCAGUUUGAGUCCAAGCUACAUUGACCUAACCGAGUGUCCCUACAUGUGGCCCUAUUGUACACAGCCCAUCUACUAUGGAGGCAUGCCCGUCAUUGUAAACGUGACAAUCUUGAAUGGAAUGGGAGUUUCAGGAAAGAUAGUAGAUAAGCCGAAGUGGGAGCCGUAUACGCCUCAGUUUGGCAGCCACAUUGAAGUGGCAUUCUCCUACUCACCUGUGUUGUGGCCAUGGUCGGGGUUCCUGGCUGUGUCUGUAACUGUGUCUAAGAAUGCUGCAACAUGGGAAGGCAUUGCUCAGGGGCAGAUAACCCUUACAGUGGAAUCUCCAGCAGAGAGUGAAGAAAAAGAUGUGAGGCAGUCAACGGUGAAACUACCGAUCAGGGUGAAAAUCAUUCCCACCCCUCCACGAAGCAAACGUAUCCUGUGGGAUCAGUACCAUAAUCUCCGCUACCCUCCAGGAUACUUCCCUCGAGACAAUCUCAGGAUGAAGAAUGAUCCACUUGACUGGAACGGGGACCACAUUCACACCAACUUCAAGGACAUGUACCAGCAUCUGAGGAGCAGUGGCUACUUCGUAGAGGUUCUUGGUUCACCAUUCACAUGUUUUGAUGCUAGUCAGUAUGGAACUCUGUUGAUUGUUGAUGCUGAGGAGGAGUAUUUCCCUGAAGAGGUGACCAAGUUGAAGCGGGACAUUGACCAGGGACUGUCAGUCAUCGUGUUUGCUGACUGGUACAAUGUCUCUGUCAUGAAGAAGGUCAAAUUCUACGAUGAAAAUACCAGACAGUGGUGGAUGCCAGACACUGGUGGUGCUAAUAUUCCAGCCAUUAAUGAUCUGCUGUCACCCCUUGGAAUGGCAUUCAGUGAUCAAGUGUAUGAAGGAGACUAUACAGUAGGAGAUCAUGACAUGUACUAUGCAUCUGGCACCAGUAUAGCCAAAUUUCCUGAUGAAGGGGUUCUAGUGCUGCAGUCUUUGAAAAAUCAAGGUUAUGAGGUGUUGAAGGGAGACACCAAGAUGACAGACAGUGUACCGGUGCUGGGGCUGCAUCAGACAAAGACUCCAGCCGGGAGUGGAGGUCGGGUUGUGCUGUAUGGAGACUCCAACUGCCUGGAUACCAGCCACAUGCAGAAAGACUGUUUCUGGAUGUUGAGUGCUCUGUUGGAGUAUACAGCCUACAACACCUUGCUGCCAAUCUUCUCCAACCAGGAAAAGAUCUCUCUGUCCAUGGCGAUUGAUCUUCCAGAGAGAAUGGAAGGAAAUCAUCUACAUCGGUACUCAAAGGUGCUGGAGGGACAUCUUGGUACUGCCCGUCAUCGCCCCCUGCCGACAUGUCCACAUUUGGUGUGGGCUCCGCCUCAUCCGCUCAAUAAGUCCGCACCAUCUAACCUGUAUCAGCAUCAGAAGCUGAUGUUCAUUGAGCUCGAGCCCCCUCUGCCCCCAGUGAAGGGGAAAGAUAAUCUACUGAACCCGAUCGUGGGGAUAAAAGACAAGCCCGGGUUUAUAGCCGAUCCCCAAUAUGGGGGGCCACAUGUCGUACAGGACACAUCAAAUGUGUUUCCAGUAUUAGCUUUUCUCAGCACUGGACUUGUUGUGCUUUUUUUGUUGAAUCAAUAUUACCGAAGUCGGUCCCGGCCGAAACGGAAACGUCCUCGACCUCGCAAGCUGCAGCAGCUUAUAUACGGAGCUAAAGUGCCAGGAGUAUGAUGAAGUAAGGGGUGUGUCAAAAGCUUGCAUAGAAUGUUUUCAUGGAUGUUUUGGGAGGACAAUCUCCUAUAGCUAUUUUGAUGGAAAGGAGUCCAAGAUAUGUUCCCAAGUGAAAUGCAAACAUUUGACAUGACCCCUUGUAGCCCUGAGCCAGAGGUUGAUGUUGAAGCCAUGUUGUUAUUGUUGAAUGAAUCGACAGGAAUAUCAGAACCGUUGAACUAUUUCUUUCUCACAGUGCUGAAGCAACAGACACUAUUUGACAAAUCAAACUAUUUCUAAACCUCCCUGUUCCUUCCAUGUUCUACUGCCAUUACCUGUGUUCCCGGCUGCAAACUUACAACACUAACGUUUGAUGAUAAACGACCUCCUGUUUGGUGUGGACUGUUACACCUUGGGUUAGGAAGAUCUGAUUCACAAGAGAUGUAUGACAGGCAAGAUGACAUUUGUGUCGGGGGAAGAUGACAUUUGUGUUCUCAGAGAGACAUACAUUUUGGAGUUCUUUGGUAACAUGGUGUGCUCUUGGCAAUGUCCAGAUCAUGCUUUGAACAUGUGGAGUGCAUUUAGUAGUUUGGGCAUUGCUUUAUUUGAUUCUGAGUGUGGUUUAUAGUGUGGGUAAAAUGAUAGUGUGAAAGUUUCAUGUACAAGACACUGAAGGAACAGAAAACUGGCUUCUCGGAGGAAAUCACAUGAAUCCCCGCAUUCAUGCAUUAGUGGUAGCAGUAUUUUGAAAGGCUAAUUUGGGGGUAUAUGAGAAUUGUGGAUCAUCAGUACAGGAUAUGGUUGUGGGCAGUUCCUGUGGAUUAGUUCCAUGACCAUCCAUCAGAUCAUCAUCAUCAUCUUCUUCAUCAUCUCUCAUUGUCAAGAGAGAGGAGACCAGCGGAUCACUGAGACUGAUGAUUUUAGAAGGAACGUCCAACGUGUGGAGGAAGUCGACCUACGUCAUCAGAAGACAUCUGAAUCAGUAGAACAUCAAUGUUCCCAGUGACUGCUGUUUCCCAUCAAAGGUCACAUUUGCAUUAACUAGAGUUCAGCUUGUAUCACUGUAGGACUUUUAUCAGUGUUAAUACACAAAAGCAUGUCAUUUUCAGCAAAACUACAAUCCUCAAACUCACAGGAACUUCACUAACGUGUUCAGACUCCACUUACAAUUGUGGCGGUUAGAUUGCCUGAGAGUCGGAUAUCAAACACAUAAUGUGUUUCCAAAGAAGAAUAACUGGACUUUUAACAUUGGAAUUAACAUGGGGAACCCCACUACCAGAUUUAUCUGAGGACUAUCAACUUACCCAUGUUUGUGUAUGCAAUAAGUAUUGUAUUUAAUCAUGUGCACAAGACAUUUCUGACAAGGUAUGAGGUGACAACAGUGUCACAUCUAUAAAAAAUGUGAUAUCUUAUUUAUAGGUGUUGUGUGCGGCAACAUAUAUUGUACAUAGUCGACUAGAAAAACAGCCUUCAUGUUCAUGUGGUCGUGUGUUGUGGAUGUUGUGGGGUAUAUGGUAACAGUUUAAUACCUAGGUGAGAUUAGGGCUUGCCAUUUUAGUUUACAAAUUUGAUUGUGAUUUCAGUUUGUACAGGGUCGUUCAACUGUUUUUAAUGUUUCAUUAACAAGGGAGGUGUAGAUGAUCUUGGAGAAAAUGUCAUGAUGUGGUAUUGAGGUACAAGAACUACUUAACUCAAUGUAGGUAAUAUACUAUUCACACUUUGCUAAGGAUCAAAUCAUGCAUUCAACAGAAAACUGAUAUGGGGUCAAAUUUGGUU